CCCCUCACCAUUUGUAAUAGACAACAAAUAUCAAUCAAUAAUACAUCAAUUUUAACAUGGUAUCAGAGCUGGUUUAGAAUCUCCUAUUUUCGCUUCCCCAGCGGGCGGCAACCUCACCUUAGCCGCCCGCCGGACCUCAACCUAUUCCGCUGUCAUCUCUAUCAAUACAUAAAUAUACAUACGUACAUAGAUACAAACUUGUAAUCGAAUCAAUCGAUCGAUCUCUCUCAAGAAAAAUGGAUGCGUUCUCGUCGUUCUUCGAAUCUCAGUCGUCGUCUCGCAACAGUUGGAGUUACGAUUCUCUCAAGAACCUCCGUCACCAUAUGUUUGUGCUGCAACUUUCAAAGCAGCCUCUCUUUGCUCUUGAGGCUGUGAUCAUUCAAGAAGCAGUGCCACUGCGUGCCAGCAAAGGUCCAUCCUCUGAUGGUCUUCAACAGAAGUACACACAAAGUGGUGGCAGACCGUUUGUUCUUUCAACUUUGAUUGUGGGCUUUGACCCUCACACUGGUGUGCCAUCGCUAUAUCAGACAGAUCCAUCAGGUACUUUUUCUGCAUGGAAAGCUAAUGCAACUGGGAGAAACUCUAAUUCAAUGCGAGAUUUUUUGGAGAAAAAUUAUAAAGAAACUUCUGGGCAAGAAACUGUCAAACUUGCAAUUCGCGCCUUGCUCGAAGUUGUUGAGAGUGGGGGAAAGAACAUUGAAGUUGCUGUGAUGACGAAGGAGCAUGGCUUGCGGCAACUUGAAGAAGAGGAAAUCGACGCCAUCGUUGCUGAGAUCGAAGCUGAGAAAGAUGCUGCCGAGGCUACAAAUAAUGCAAAGAAGAAGGAUUCAGCCGUGGAAGGUAGUAGCAGUGGUGGUGUCACAGCAAACCAGAGUGAGAGAAAGCCAUCCAAUUUGUCAAGGAGGGAUGGCAAUCAAAGGCCAUCUAAGAUGGAUUUUGAAGUUCCUCCGACAGAGCAUGUUCCAAGGGUAUUGCCAAAGGAUGAGGACCCAAGCUUGGUUAAUAGAAAUAAAAGCAUGCUCGGACAGCUUUUGGGGACAUUGGAGAGAGAAAUAUAUUAUAUAACCUUUUCUAUUCUAAAAUAUUCUCCACUCAAAACCAUCAUCACAUUUUCCACCGCCCAAACCCUCUUUAUCUUAUAUAUAUAAAUAUAUAUAUAUAUAUAUAUUUUCUUUUCUUUCCACCCCCCCCCUUUUUAU